AUGCUCCCAUAUAUCCUUCCCCUAUUGGCUCUCCUCCUCAUAGGAGCAAACACAACCGCCAUCCACCCCAUCAACAGACAGACCUGCCAAUCCACCGGAAGCCAUUGUCCCCCAGGAACCCUAAUCGUCAGCCCAACCUCCAACCAAGCCACCCAUAAAACCCUCCAAUCCGCCAUAAACUCCCUCCCCAACGACAAAACCCCACAAACAAUCCUCCUCCUGUCAGGCACCUACAUCGAACAAGUAAACAUAACCCGCUCAGGCCCAAUAACCCUCCUCGGCCAAACAACCUCCCCAAAAGACCCAUCCCGCAACACAGUGCGCAUCACCUGGGCCGCAGGAAACAGAGACAGCACAGGAAGCAUCGACAACGUCUUCUCCAGCGUCCUAGUCGUAGCACCAACCCUCGAAGCAAGCCUCACAGGUGCCGGGCCGACGGGGUAUCCCGUGCCGUCUGAUACGCCAUUCGGAAAUACAGAUUUCCGCGUGUAUAAUGUCGAUUUCGAUAAUACUUGGGCUGAGUAUUCGGAUGGGCCGGCACAUGCGUUGAGUCUUAGUCGUGCGAAUGGGGGAUUCUAUUAUUGUGGGUUUUAUUCGUAUCAGGAUACAGUCUACAUUGGCAAACUCGGAAACGCAUACUUCUACAAAAGCAUUCUAGCUGGCCAAACAGAUUUCCUCUACGGCUUCGGCACGGCCUGGAUCCAAUCCAGCGCCCUCCAGCUGCGCGGCUGUGGAGGCGGUAUAACAGCCUGGAAGGGGACGAACACUACAUUGCCUAACAAGUAUGGCGUUUAUAUUGUCGACUCGAGCGUGCGGGCGGCGAACGUCUCCAUCGCGGCUGAUAUCAAGGGCUCGUGCGCGCUCGGUCGACCGUGGAAUAGCCAGCACCGGUCUAUCUUUGCACGUUCGUACGAGGACGGGAGUGUUGAUCCACGCGGGUAUAUCGACUGGAUUGUCGAUGGCGUCGGGAGGUUCGAGGAGGGCGUAACACUUAUGGCGGAGUAUCGUGUCUUCGGGCCUGGUGUUAAUGAGACUGGUCGUGUUGGUGGUGUUACGUCUGUUCUUGGAUGGGAGGGGUAUGAGAUGUAUAGUACUCCGCAGAAGGUGUUUGGGGAUACGACGUGGGUGGAUUGGGAUGUUGUUAAGGGGAAUUGA